ACAAUUAAUGGGCUGUCUUCUCCGGCCGGCGGUAUUCGCGAGUCGGCUAUCAAUUUGCCGCUGUUAAACCACGACCCGACCACCGUGAAGCCACCAAAAGCCGGCCUGCAGCGGUGCGCCACCUCUCCUCUCAUGAGUGACAGACUUCGCCUUGUUCAGUGCACCAAGUGACAAUUCUUGUUCAGAAUUUCUUUGACUAUAUCCCUCCUCAAUGAAGGUAUUGACUGCCAAAAGAUGGACAUCUUAUGAUUGAGAUGAUAAGUGGGCUGUUGGUAUAAAGAUCAACUUCUUAUCAUCAAAAUGAUGGCACAUACUGGUAAUCUGGUUUCUGGUGGCGCAGGGAACUCAUAAGUUAUGAGUACAGUCGCUGUUGAAGAUACAAUUGAGGAACAUGGAACUUCUAUUGACGAGGAGAAGAGGAGAGUCCGAUGCAAGUACUGCGGAAAGGAGGUGAAUGGCUUUAACCGUCUCAAGCACCACCUGGCUGCUGUUGGGAGUGAUGUGACUGCAUGCAUUGAAGUUCCAGCCGUGGUCAAAACUCAGAUGAGGGAUGCUUUGCUUGGGAAGAAGAAAGAAAGGCUGCUGAAGGAGGUUGGAAGAAUAGAACAUCCUGAACUUCCUUUGAAAAGGAACUUUUCUCCUGCAUCAAGCAAACAGAGAUGUUGCCAACUCAAACUAACCCCUGGUAUUAAUUCAGUUAAUAGCUCUGGACCAACAGAGAUCAAUGUGGGAGAGAGCUCUAGUGUAAAUAAUUUUUGUCCUAAACAGUCCCUGGUGAAGGGAGUGAACAAUUUAGAGCCUCACUCAGCUGAAACUGUAAAUUGGUGCAGCCCCAGUCCAUUCAUUACGAAAAACAUGUACAGGAUAGUCAAGGAAGAAGUGAAGGAUGAAUCAGCAUGGCAUGCAGCAAGGUGUAUUGGUAGGUUCUUCUUUGAGGCUGGCAUUGAUACUGCCAAUGUCAAGUUACCUUCUUUUCAGGGAAUGAUGGAUGCUGUUAUUGGUUGUGGGUCUGGAUACAAGGUACCAACCUAUGAUGAAUUGAAGGGAACAAUCCUACAUGAAGAGGUAAAAGAAGUUCUUAAGCAUGUGGAGGAUGUGAAGCAAUCUUGGGGCCAAACUGGUUGUAGCAUCUUGCUAGAUGGUUGGACUGAUCCAAGGGGCAGGAGCCUCAUAAGUUUUCUAGUGAAUUGCCCCCUAGGCACCAUAUUUUUGAGAUAUGUAGAUGCAUCUGAUGCUGUUGAUGAUGUUGACACACUAUUCUUAUUAAUUUGUAAUGUCAUUGAGGAGGUAGGUGUUAAGUAUGUUGUUCAAGUUGUUGCUCAUGACACAUCAGACUGCAUUGAGGCUGCAGGAAAAAAGAUAAUGGAGAAAUACCGAUCUAUAUUUUGGACGUUAUCUGCAGAUUAUUGUAUAAAUAUCAUUUUUGAGAAAAUUGAAGCUCAAGAUUAUGUCAAGAAAGUACUGAGUGAUGCUAAGGCCAUUACAAAAUUUAUUUACAGCAAUGCCUUAGCUCUAAAACUAUUGAGAAAACACGUUCGUGGAGGUGAUCUUGUCAGAACCUCCAACUUGAAAUCGGUGACACCAUUCAUCACAUUGCAAAACAUGGUAUCUGAAAGAGAGAAUUUGGUCUACAUGUUCAACUCUCCAACAUGGACUACCUCAGAUUUGGCUUCUAAAAUAAAGGGCAAAAGCAUUUCUAAGUUGGUGAAAGAUUCUUCGUUUUGGGUUGCUGCAGUUGAUGUCUUGAAGAUCACAAAUCCACUACUUGACAUUUUGCACCAGAUCAGUGGAACAGAUAGGUCUCCAAUGGGUUUCUUAUAUGAUUCCAUUGAUCGUGCGAAGGAAAAGAUUAAAAGGAAUUUGGGACAUGAAGAGGCAAGAUAUGAUCCUAUAUGGACUCUAGUAGAUGAUAUAUGGGACAACCAUCUCCACAGCCCUCUUCAUUCUGCUGGAUACUUUUUGAACCCAAGUCUCUUCUAUUCGAGUGAUUUCUAUAUUGAUGCUGAAGUCACUAAUGGAGUAUUGUACUGCAUUGUGAAAAUGACUGUGGACCAACAGGACCAAGAGCUCAUAGUUCUCCAACUUGAUGAGUAUAGAGAGGCUAAAGGUGUUUUUUCUGGGGAUGCAGCAGUUGAUCAAAGAAGUAAAAUUUCACCAGAUAUGUGGUGGUCAAUGCACGGAGGGCAAUGCCCAGAACUACAAAAGUUCGCCGUCAAAAUCCUAAGCCAGGCUUGCAGUGGUGCCUCGAGGUACAUGCUAAGGAAGGAUCUGUCGGAGCAGUUACACGCCGGGGGAAGGAACUGCAUGGAAAAGCAGAGGUCUCGUGAUCUCGAGUUUGUCCAUUACAACCGUCGCCUGUGGCAUUCACCGUCCAGCUUGAAGCAGGAGAUCGAGCUCGGCCAUGAUGACCUUAAGCCCUUGGAAGAAUGGAUUGUAGAUAGAAACUGACAGCUUGUUAUAUGAACUCUGACGACUUGUAAUGCUUUUUUUGAACAAUGGUAGUGAGCAACAGCUUCUCCUGA